AAUCACAAUUUAACUAUACAAAUUGUUCAACACCAAUCUAGAAAACUCAAGAAAAUUGAAACAAAUCACAAAUUAUCCAUAAAUAACAUGAUUAAUUGAAAGCUUCUUUCUCUUUAUCAAUUAAGUUUUUUCACUCUCCACUCGAUACAAUCAACUUCAUUCUACACAAUUAGAAGAAAAAUUAGACAUGUCUCCACAAACAUAAAUAAGUUAGUUGUUUAGAAUAUUAAAUAUACCAAUAAAAUUAAUUAUAUGGGUGUGAGUGGAUACCCAUGGCGCGGAUUUACCUAAACCCAAACUCAACCCAACCCGAUAAAUAGUGAACGGCUUUAAACCCAAAACCCGACCCAAAACCUGUCAACAUGGAUUUUACCCACGUUGACCGAAUUGGAUUGGAUGGGUACCCGAUGAUUCGAGUUUUGUUGCCAUCCCUACCCGGACCCCAUAGGCGCUGCUAAUGCCACCGCCACCGCCAACCACCAUCCCUUUUCCCAAACUCCAUAGCCGCCGCCGACAAUCAACCAAUCCACAAUCAACCCGACCAAUCAACCAAUCCAUUUCCAUUUUCCUUUGUGUGCGUCUCCAUCAAAUUCAAAUCCUUUCACGAAACAAAAUUAAAAAAGAAAAAGAAAAGGGAAAGAAGGAAGCAGAAGGAGAUGCAGAGAGGGAUAGCUCGCUCCCGACAGAUGCCGGCCACCAUUUUUUCUGGGUUAACGACACGGGUGGGUUGAAUUCCCGUCUGAAUGAGAUUAGAACGGGUGCGAGGGAUGGAAGGAACGCGUGCUAUACCCGUCCGUACUGCUCGCCGGACGGGUUGAAAUCUCGUCGCCGGCGAUGGCGAGACAGGUCGUUGACUCGUCCCAACCUCGCCGGAGACUGAUUUUCAACCCUUCCGACGAGUGAACACAGAGUCUGACAACAGCACUUCUCUUUUUCCUUCUUCCGAGGACGACUGGGCAAUGUGAUAUCUUCUUCGUCUUCAUCCUUCUUCUUCCUCAAGGUUGGCAGAAUCCAAUAGUAGCAGCUAGCAGAAGUGGUGGCGGAGGUUGAAUUGCAGAUAGAGUUGGGGACUCGAUCAAUUGAAGGAGAGGGUAAAAUGUAUUUUCGAUAGGUUUUAGGGCGAGUUUUUUUAAGAUUCUAGGGCGUCAAAUAGUAACUCUCGAUGGACAAUAUUGGACAUAGGCCUAGUCUGUAAUGGCCAAAGAUGGCGCGCAUUGUCCUACACCUAACGGUCACUGGGGAAUUAUGGUGGUUCAACUUCCAUAUAUGUUGGUAACUGAAUUCCCCAUUCCUCUACCUUCACCCUUCAAAUCUGCAAUGUCAAUACUCAAUAGCAAACACAAAAGGAAAGUACCAUGGAGAAGAGAGGACUCCUUUCGAAUCAUCUGCCAAUUCGGCAAGAGCCUCUCAAAACCUUUAAUGACUUUAUCUCCUUUUCAUGGAUGGUUCCCUUGCUCUGUAUUCAGAUACCUGGGCAGAGUUUUCCUAACGUGGGAUAUUGGCAGAGGGGUCAGAACCGAGCAAGAAGAGAAGCUGCGUUCAUGGCUGUAUUCCUUGGGACAUGCUGAUAAAGAUUUGGCCUUUGAGUAUGUUCGAUCGAGGAAAGAGGUGCGGUGUUUUCCUGCCCACGUUACUAAUCUGACCCACCAAGUGUUUGAUGUAUUGCCUCCUAGAAGAUCCUGUGUCCUUUCCUUCCUAGAGGAGCUAAUUUCCACCUAGUAAUAGUAUGAAUUAGCUGUAGUGUAUGAAGGAUAGGGCUCGACUCUCUUGAGAUAUAGUCUAAUACUAUGAGAUAAUGAAACCAUCAUUUGGCCUUUGAUCGAAUCAUUAACCCUUGAUAAGAUAACCUAGGAACUAGAUGCUUGGGUUAGAUGUUUCUUUUUAUGAAAAGCAAGCCUUCAUUUCAUCAAAGAGCUCACAAGGAACAGUACAUUGUAUCUCUUACUACUGCUAUUAAAUUGGUUGUACACUUGUACUGAAAAACAUACAUUCAUACUUCUACAAAAUCUGAAACCAAAACUUCAUUCUCGAAGCAGCAAUAGCAGCCUCACAAUCUCCAGCUAGCUUCCACUCAAUCACUUGCUGCAACUUCAGACAUAACUCCUGAAUCGUUAAAGCCUUCUUCUCAGACACCCCUCUACAUCUUUUCACGCCAGAUUUCACUCACAACAGGAUUCCAGAGCAGUCUACCUAACUUGCAUCCCUUAAAACGAUUUACUGCAAGCAACAUCCCCUGCUGUCAAUCCCCAGUAUACAUAUACUUCCAUUCCCUUGUGAAAACAGUCUGCAUAACUGUUGUACAAACCUGAGUCAAAAUAUAUAUGGUCUUUGAUACUCAGAUCCACUCAUACACAAUGGGCACUCAUCAUUCACAUCAGGCCUCCAUUUUUUCACUAUGUCUAGUGUGUUGGCUCUAUUCCACUGAAUUAGCCAUACUAUAACCGAGUUUCUGAGAAUAAUGAAAGGUUUCCAGACCAGGCUAAGCCAUGGAACCUUUUCUUUUCUAGGCCUCAACUCUUCCCAAACAUUACUUACUAAGAACUUGGCAACUAUCUGAUUAUUCCACAGCAUAUCCUCCCCUGCAACUACCAUAUUCCCUUCCACCACACGAGUCUUGAAAAUCUUGUUCCAUGCCCAGGACCCAGGACUCUUGACCUGCCAAAAACUUAUGUGUCUGAGGCGAUAUUCUGUUAACCAUGCAUUCCACUGAGUUUUCUGAUCAGCCGAAGCAGCCCAUACAUGUCUCACCAAACAAGCAGUGUUCCAGCUUCUCAUGUCUUUGAAACCUAACUCUCCUUCUUCCCUUGGCAGUGCAAUAAACUGCCAAGCAAUCUUUGCCUUCUUUAUUUCAGAACUAGAAGACCAGAGGAAUUCAGAGCAUAUAUCUCAACCUCUUAAAUGACAACACCUGGCAGCAGAAAAACUCCCAUCCAGAACUGAGUGAUACUAGCUAACACUGCCACUAUAAGUUGUAAUCUUCCAGCAUAGGAUUGCAACUGAGCUUUUCAACCUUGUAUCCUUUUGGUCAUCUUAUGAACCAGGGUUUACAGUCUCUAGAAUUUAACUUUCCAACAAUUGAAGGCCCCCUUAAGUACCUAACAGGUAAGAAAUCUUGCUAGAAAGUGGAAACCUGAACUGGUAAUUACUUCUUCCUUCUGCUCUGCUUCCAGCCAGCACUGAAAAUCUCACUUUUCCCUGAGUUACAUUUCAACCCCGAGAACAUAUGAAAAUUUCACCUACAGCUUUUACCCCCUAAACAGUUCCUUUGGUAAAAAUCAAUAAAUCAUCUGCAAAAACUAGUGUCUUAAUCCUAUACGAGCACAUUGAGGGUGGAAAGGUAAGUGCUUAGUGAUUGCAGCCUUAAACCUUUCUUAGCCUGGAAGCUCUCUAAUAAACCUCCAAUAAUACAGACCUGAAAAGUAG